AUGCGUUUAGCGCAGGGCCAGUUGUUGAAACCGUCUAGCCUGGACAAUAACUCGCAGUUCCCUCCCAAGACCAAGACUUUGGAGGACACCAUCAGUCGUCCGCAGGAGAAUGGCCGCGCGGCGCCUGACUUGACGGCGUCGCCCGGGCGCGCGCCGCCCGGGCCCCCGCAGCCGCCGCGCGCCAACCAUGCGCCCCCCUGCGUGCUGCAGCCGGACUUCCGAAAGGUGUCGGGAGUCAGUAAUGAAAUAUUUAGGCAGAUUGAAAUGGUUGAAAAUGAUCACGACACGACCACGGCUGCGGCGCUUGAGGCGGUGGAGCGACGCGGCGAGAUGAUCGUUCGGAUACUGGAAUUGAGACAAGUGGGCCGGAACAAUAUUGAAGCCGCCAAGAAAUUCUUCGCAUUGCAGGACGCCCGCCACAUAGUACAACUAGUGGAGAUCGUGAAGCGUCCGGGGCAGACCCUGGGCCUCUACAUUCGAGAGGGCGACGGCGGCGCCAGAACUGAUGGGGUGUUCAUAUCACGGAUAGCUUUGGAGUCGGCCGUGUACAACAGCGGGUGUUUGAAGGUGGGAGAUGAGAUCCUGGCGGUGAACCUGGUGGACGUGAGGCGGAUGUCGCUGGACGACGUCGUCAUCAUCAUGUCCAUUCCGAGGCGGCUGCUGCUGUGCACGAGGCAGAGGAAAGGCAAAUCAGGACCAGGUUCACCGUCGAUGCCGCGCUCGGAACACAAGCCGCCGCCGGUGGUGGUGCUCAAGCGGGACUGCCGGGACGACGAUGACAGGGACAGGGAUCGCGUCGAUGGACUGUACUCACAGCAUGGAACACUUCGGUCUACCGGUGGUCCAGGAUCUAGCGUCAGACCAGUUGGUGAUGGGAGGGAAGAACGAAGCCGACUCCAACUGGGAGCACUUUCACCAGAUUCCAACGCACUGGACCUUUACUACAACCCUCGGCCUCCAUCCGACCAUUCCACGUGGAGCUAUAGACCACCGCCUCCAGUAAUAACGGAACAGCCUAAGUCUUCAGCAACUCACUUUGUGCCAUACGAACGGUCUUACCCUAACACGCUUGAAAGUUUGGCAGAGAAGGUGCAUUCAUUGUACCCAGCGGAUAGUGGCAGUACGCGGUUUGGAGGGAGAGUCCCUCGUUCUGGAUCAGAACAACAGUUACCGAGAGCUGAGACACAUUCAGACUUUGGUCGACACUCUUUGUUGAGGUCUAGCUUGAAGGCUUCGGCCGCUGCUGGCAGUGGUGCAUCGAGUCUAUCAAGAUAUAAUCAAAGAUACGGAGGAAUUGGUGGUGUUGGUAUGCCAGGAAGUGGCCUAACAGGGACUGGAUUAUCAAGUGGUCUAGGAGGACCGGGCUUGGGAGGGCCAGGCCUUCCGUCAGGCCUGUCGACGACUGGACUCAGCGGUUUGACUGGCUCUAGCCUUGUAGGCUCAGGACUUACCAGUUCAGGAUUGGGAACUGGAUUAAGUGGAACAGGCUUAGGAUCAACUCUUGGAGGAGGCUAUGGAACGACAGGGUUGGGUCUACCAUCAUACGGCUCCAAAUUCGGCACAACGAGAAGGAAUCGAAGCUUGGACUAUUCGUCGGAUACAGAAGCGACGGCGCCUACAAGAGCACCAUAUUAUUCGGGAUUGAGUGGCUACAGAAGCAGUACGCUUGGUAGAGGAGACAUCGGAUCUAAAUUCAAUUCUCUGCCAAGAGAUGUUAGGAACACUGGUCAAAGAUUGGGACUAAGCAGACGCGCCGGGAGUGUUCUUCAAGAUGAGCCGGAACCUUUAUCUUCGCGUUUAGAUCUACGUUCUUCCAGAGGUCGCCUCACGUCUUCGCCGUCAGUGUUCACGUCGGACGAGUACCGCGCGUGGCUGUCUCGUGCGCCGUCAACCAGCGCGCUGUACGAGACGCUGCGCCCGCGGCUGCCUACACACUACUCAGCUGAGAAUAUACACGAUGCAUUGAAAAACAUGGAAAGCGGCAGCCGCUUCGGCUCCUCACUCGGCCUAGCUGGCGUCGCCGGUCGCCGCAUUGAGCGCCCCCGCCACCUGCCCGCGCGAUCGCUCUCCUCCCAGCAGCUGGGGCCCACCGCCGGGGGGUCACCGUCGGCGAGGCGCGUCAGACAACUCCUGGAGCUGGGGUCCCGGUUCAACUGCCCCAACCCGAGCCCCGUGCCAACGCCAAGCUCGCGUCACCAGAGGCAUCUUGACAUCAAUCCCAACGAGUUCCUAAAAUACAAAGUGGAGAAACCUGGUUCUGGCGGUCUCUCAGCGUCCAUGACCGGUCUUUCCCGCCUCGCGGGCGGGGUCUCGGGCAUGUUGUGGGUGCACUUGCUAGCGGGACGGGGACUAAGGCCGGCGCCAUCCGGGGCUUCCCCGGGGUCGCCGCCGUCCGGGCCCUUGGCGCCGGCCCAGCCGCCGGUGGCGCCUAGAGACUUGUACUGUGUGCUGGAGUGUGAUCGAGUGCACAAAGCGCGUACUGUGGUCCGCACGGGCGAGCUCCAGUUCGACUGGGAUGAGUCGUUCGAACUAGAGCUGGUCGACAACCGGCAACUAGACGUGCUUGUAUACUCGUGGGACCCGCAGCACCGCCACAAGCUGUGCUACCGCGGCGCCGUCACGCUGCCCGACCUGCUGGCGCGCUCGCCGUCGCACCAGCUGGCGAUAAAGAUGGAGCCCCGAGGGACGUUAUACGUGCGCGUACGCCACACAGAGCCGCACGAGUUAUUCCGGCGGCGGCCGGCGCCGUCGCGUAUGUCACCGCCGCCGCUGUUCGGCGCGGAACUAGACGCGGUGGUAGCGCGAGAGAUGCGGCCGGCGCACGCGCCGCCGGUACCGCUCAUUGUACGCCGAUGUGUUGAGGAGAUCGAGAGAAGAGGGCUGGACAUCAUUGGUCUUUACCGCCUCUGCGGUUCUGCCAGCAAGAAGCGAAUUCUCCGAGAAGCGUUCGAAAGGAACGCUCGAGGCGUGGAGCUGACGCCCGACUCGGUUCCCGACAUCAACGUUAUAACCGGCCUGCUCAAGGACUAUUUAAGGGAGCUCCCGCAGCCGCUGUUCAGCCGGUGUCUGUACCAGAUGACACUGGAUGCUCUUGGCGUCUGCCUCCCCGACGACCGCGAAGGCAACGCGCGCCUCAUGGCCUCGAUAGUCGAAUGCCUCCCUCGCGCCGCGCGCGCCACCCUCGUCUUCCUCCUCGACCACCUCGCCCUGGUGGUGGCUGCCCAGGACAGAAACAAGAUGUCCCCUCAACAUCUGGCAGUGGCCCUAGCACCGCCAUUGAUGCUGCACUCCCAACCGGCAAAUGACCUGGACUACCAGAGGCCGAUACAUGUCCUUCAAUGCCUGCUGCAGAUCUGGCCGCCGCCUAAGCGUUCAGUUCGGCGCGGCGAGCCAGCAACCGGGCCGCGUGGAAGCAAAGUCAGUGCGUCGCCAGCGGCCUCAGCCACCCUCCCCCCAGGCCGAGUUCCGCCCUCAGUCAGUCCAUAUCGGCCUCAAGCGGCAGCAUCAGCAGCAUCUCCGCCGCCAGCUCUCUCGGGUCGGCCCGUGCCCGACCGCUCGCCGCCCGCACAUGUUCUCUCAUCAGUCAGGGCCGGCCAAUAUCGUCCGCAGUCGCCUCUCCGCGGGCCGCUGCCCGCUCCUCCUCGCUCCCGUCAAGUGACGGUGUCGUCGCCCGGCUCGCCCAGCAGUAGCAGCGGCAGCCACAGCCCCGCCGACACCAUCAAGCACACCGGCUCCGUGUCGUCUAUCCUGCGGCAGCCGGAGCGGGCGGCCUCGCCCAGAGGUAGCGGUUCACCGCGCAGCAGCGGCUCGCCGCGCGCGUCGCCGCGUGACUCCCCGCGCGCGCACACGCCGCGUGAGAACACGUCGCGCGCGACGACCCCGCGUGACAACACGCCGCGCGAGAACACGCCGCGUGAGUCGCCGCGCGCCGCCAUCCCCGGCACGUCGGCCGGGCUGGCCGUGACGCUCAACUCGGCCGGCGCGCUCAGCCCGCGCUUCAGCUCCACCAACCCCUUCCUGCAGCAGUACGACGCCGAGGAGGAGGCCGAGGCCUGGCGCGCCGCCGACAUAUUCUCCUCCGCGCACACAUAGUGCUCAUAGCGAAUUGAGAUUUUCUAGUCAAUUUUUUUAAUCGAAUCGAAAGAGUGCUACGAUUCCGCUGUAUAUUAUGUUAUUUAACGAGCGUGGUGCGCGCUCGUGUAAUUGUUAUAUAUAGAGCGAGUUAUGAUGUAUAUUAUUGUGUGAAUGUAUACCUGCUGACGCGCGAGGCGCACGCCUCCCGCCCGCCGCCGCCCCGCCCCGUAGCCACUAUAGUGUUUAUGAUAUUGUAUUGUACAUUGUAUAUAAAUAUGUAGGUACGCUCCAGUUUUGUACCGUUCGGGCGAGGCCCGGCGGGCGGCCGCGGCGCUACACACAUCAUCCCACAUAUCAGAGACUUGCGUACGCUAUCGACACGGCAGCGGGCACACAACGCGAAUCCAUUCUCAUAGCUGCAUGUGUAUAUCUAUGACGUUGUAUAGAAGCAAUAUUUAAACUAUAUGAGAGCUAGAAUGACUUAAACAAUAAAUAGAGUAUUUAUCUUCACAAAUCGAUCUCUCAGAACGAUCUUAUGAUUAUUACAUUACGACUUAGAAGUAAAUAGACGUCCACAAGGUCCGUGUGUCGACAGCGGACUCAAGCCAGUAGCUCGACUAGGGAGAGUGUAUCAUAGAUCAGACGUACGGACUGUCUUGAGACUGAGACCAUAUCAGAGUAGCUCGUAGGCACCUCUCGCAGGGAUCCGUCGUAGAAGGAGCGAUUACGUCACGACUGCGCAGGAGUUCGCGACCUGUUGGAACGAACAUUAAACAUAUUCUAAAUAAUCCUUGUUCAUUAAUAACUUAAUAAAUAUAUAACGAUAUAUAAAAUAAUAAUAGUGUUAGUGGAGCAUUUUUACGAGUCGCUAAUUCUAUGAAGGGAUGGAGUAUUUACCCGUUGAGAUCGGUCGCAAUCUCAAGAUCAGAGGUGCUGUGUUUGGGUUUGGAAUAUUUGGGACCUUAGUAAAUGAUAAUAAAGUAAGUAUAUAAUAAUAUCGAUGCGCUCGAGCACUGAAAGUCAGAGCGUUCAAAAACCAAUAACUUACGAAUCAAAUCUUAGAUUGAAAAUAAUCAUAAAAUAAAUUAUACGAUUUGAAUUGACGACAAGAGCAAACUUUAUUGGUAUUUCCUAAGGGUUUAUGCUUGAGGGUUAAAGGAUUGAAUGGUACAGGGAUUCUAAACUCCGAAAACACCACCUCAGUUCUAUAACUAGCGUCUGCUAGACAUAUAAGAGUGGGUGAAAUCGACCAAUGACAGCACUGACCGUACCCUUCACUGCCAUGAUUGGUCCAUUUAUUAUAGAAAACAUAUAUUAUACACUUGUUUAUAUGUCUGUCGGAGGCUACACGGUUACUAUAAUAUUACUUUUGAGCGACACUUCAAGACGAAAUUUUGUUAUUUAAUGUCUACUGUUUAUAGAUUUGCACAAAUAACACGACUGAUAUGGGACACAAAAAGUUUUUGAUAUUUUUACUUUUGUACUUGUUCCUGGUUUGUAACGAUAAAUAGAGUUAUGUUGAGAACCUCGCCUUUAAUGUACCUCUAACUGUUCAUAUCUGCUCACGAAUUUCAUGUGUGUAGGAGUUUUAUAACCAAUACUUAUACGAGUUUGUCAUUCUGAAUCAUUGUUUCGCAAGGGCUUUUAUAAUCACUUAUUAUGUUAUUCAUAAAGAUGAAGUUCGUGUUCAGAUAGCGCCUAUACAAAACCCUUUAUGGAGUCGUUACAUUCGGUGAUAAUAUGUAGCGAUAAUUUUAAUCCAUCGUGAGUAUUGAGAGCGUCUUCGUAAAGAUUUUGUGAAAACUCGUUCACUAUCUUCAGGAUAAAAAUAUCUGCUCUACAUUUUUGAAUGCCAAGGGCAACUUACGCUGUUUAAAAGUUUUAAUAUUAGCUUUCAAGUACUUUGCUAUAAUGGUUUAUACUAUACCUACAAUCGUUAUUCCCAGUUAAAAGCAGAUAUUUUAUUUCCCUAUGAUAGUAAUCGUGACUAGACAAUAUAGGAUUACCUACUGUGGUUGAGAUGAUGUAUUUUCAAAUAUAAAUAACUAUUAAGAUCAAAAACAUUAAAAUUAUAUACCUGGUAAAAUUAUAUAGCAUUCUAAUAUUACUACCAUCAUCUCGCCCACACUAUGAUAACGUAAGACUUGAAUUGUCGCUCGACAGUCGGUAGCCGGCCGCGUGUAGCGGUAGUAGCGGCAGUGUAGUUAUAAAACUACCGCGCCCGUAAAAACGACUAACAUAGUUACGAAACUACAAUAACCUUCGCAGCGGAGACGUAGUAAGAAAGUUUAACCAUCGUUAUAAGAGCUACAUGUAAUAGAAAACAAGCGAACUUGCGUUUCUAUACUACGAAACUACGAAUCCGUCGUAGUUGGUACUGUAGCUACGAAACUCGUAGCCGUUGUAGCGGGGGUCGUAGUUUGAUGACUAUAGCGCCUGAGUAGUGUGUAGUGACUACGGCGCACGGCUUCAGUUGGCUUCAUUUCGGCACUAACUUUGAGGGAUCACCACUUGACUGUUAUGAAGUAGUUGAUAGAUUGUUUCUAUUAAGACUAUGCUGAACGGAUUUAGGCAGCGAAUACGAAAGAUUUGCGGCUGGUGAUGAAUGUAUCAUCGAGAUUCGCUUAAUAGAAUAACGAAUGUUUUGUAGCCCAUAUAGUUGUGUUUUUAUUCGUUGACGAGAAUUUUAUUAAAAGACCAUUUGGAUAAAAAAACAAGAAAUGGCCUAAAUCAGUGAGUCAGUAGCUAUCUGUUUCUUUUCAAUGUAUCUAUUUUGUAGACAAUCAGACAGUGAUCAAGAACAAGAAUCAAAAACUGAAAUGUACACUUAAAAUGCAGAUAACACAUAGAUUAAGAUGAUUUGGAUGAAAUAGUUUUAAUUAUUUCAAGUGUAAGGUGAUAACGAUUUUCUAUGAUUAAACGAAUGAUAAACUUUUAAUUUGUAUUAAAAAUCUUUCGUCUUCGGGCUCAAAUUGUCUAAAUCCGUUUAGCUAUUUCUUUGUUGAGAUCCUAUCUGAUGUUUCUAUUGUAUACAAAAUGCUAUAGAAGUUUCUUGUUGUAAGUGACUGGAAUUUGAUUGUUUUAUCUUUACUAUUUGAUAUCAUUAUAAAUAAAUGAUGUAUAAUAUUAAUAUCUGUUGUACAGAAUCUGAAUAAACACUUUGUAUUUGUGUGGAAAGGUCGGCUGAAAUUAUACUCCAACUUAGAAUUUACCUUCCAACUCAAUUAAUGGAACGGUUUGUAAAAAUAAAGGGAUUACAGUCUAUGAGAUAAUGUAAUCUAUUAUGAAACUUGAUGUCUAAUAAAAUUAGACUUGUAACUUUUUAAUGAUAAAGUUUAAAUUAUGAAAACAAUAUCCAUUCUUAUUUCAUUAGAUAUCAAGUAAUGCUAAUGGGCUGUACAUUACUUUCAGUAACAAUAUUAUGAAAUCCAUUAACGCUGUUAUUUAUGAUCUUCAUAUUAUGUCUAGCCUAAUUGACAAUGAAACUUUAUGUAAAUAUUAUGUGUAGUAGAAUAUUUAAGAAAUCUAAUUCUCCUUUGUGAUGUGAUCGGCCGACCUGAGUCCUAUUUAUUUGAAUUCUGGAUUCGUCGUUUUGUGUCGACGCACAACCGAUGACGGUUUAGCAAUGUAGGAUGGAUUAUAUGGAAUUUGUUAAUUUGUAAAGACUAUAGAAUUUAUGAGGUGUAGUUAAUGUGUUAAUGUUAGAUAUGAUUGGUGAGCGAGUGUUUGCCUCUCAGAGUUUCUGCCGCUGUACGUUUGCGUUGCUGGGCACCGGGC